GACCAUCGACCAGUAAGAAGAGAAAACAUACACCAAUACUGAUACUUUUUAAUAAACUGGAUUCAACUUCUAUUCAUCCUGAGUCCUAUGCAACUGCUACAGAGUGAGUGGAGUUUCGAUCUUUUAGGAGCUGCUCGUAUGAGCCAGACCAGUCCAGCUGGAAUGCUCCAUUGUCUUUUCACUGUUUUGAAAACCCCACUGUACUCGUGCAAUGCCAUCCAGUCAUGAUCCAGUCAUCAGAAUGUUCCAUUGUCUUUUCAUUGUUUUGAAAAUCUCGCUGUUCUCCAUGCCAUUUUUAGACUUGUCAGCCUCAUUAAAGCAAGCUUGACGGACGUCGGUCAAGCUCGAAUUAAAGAAAAAAUGGAUAAUUUUAUUUCUAACAAAGGUACUUACACUGUAGGUUGAAUCAUGUGGUUUAGGGAGUUCAUGAUUACCAUAGAUUAGGGGUGGAUCUAGCCUCAUCUGCAAGGAGGGAAGCAGGUUUCCCAUGGGGUGGUGCAUGAGGGAGUUUUACUGCCCACUCUCCUCUGCAGUCUGUAACGCUACUAUCCCAACAUUACCAUUAUUUGAGAUGGCCGAAUCUUAUAUUUUAUUUAUAAAGUUGAUAUGCUUUUUAUCACGUAUGCGUGACUGCUAUGGUAGGGACCUUAAGCAAACAGGACGGCAACGCGACGACGACGGCUAUUCACACAAUGAUAUUCCUGAUCUUUUACAAAAGAAAUGAAUAAUCAAAAGCCUCACGGGAGUUAGAGACGUUGUGUUAGUGCUUUUUACAACGGCAAACCAGAUAUUUUCACGUCUCGUGUACAACGCAAACAUGUCAAGACGCGACAAGUGAAACUACAAAUUUGCUCAGCAGAAGCGUUUUUAACCAUAAAGCCUUUGUUUUAAUUUCUUCAAACUGAACUCAAUUCAUAUAUACAUGCAAGUGGAUAAUACACAACAACUCUUCCUCGCAAUAAUUUAUUUGAAGAAGUUUGUUUUGGCUGUCGUCAUCGCGUUGCCCACAGUACAGUGAAUUUUCUUGUUAAUUAAAGUAAAGUAAAGUAAAGUAAAGUACAGUUAAAGUUAGUUAUAUAAUAUAAUGGCAAAAUCACAAACUUACGCAAGUGUUUUUAUUUUAGGUUUUUCAACUGUGUGUACAAUGCUGGAAUGUAAUCCAGAGACUUUGCGUUUUAUCAUCCAUGGCUUAUCUCAGACUAUUGGAUAUGAUAUUAGAGCAGGUGAACAAAUUUACUUCUUGGGUUUAAUAUUUUUCAAAAAUGCUGAAAUUGCUCCAAACAUUUGGGAAAUGGUCAAAAACCAUUUUCCAUUUUAAAUUGAAAAAAUUAAAAACUGGGGGUGUACAACAGGGGGGGGGUACAACAGGGUCUAUGGUCCCCCUUUAGUUUUCGACGUAUUUUUCAAUUUUUUUAAAACAUGUUUUUAUCAGUUGAAAAUGAUUGUUUUGAUGUAAGAAUAGUUUGACUCUGUCUCUGUUUUCAACUGAUAAAAACGUUAUGUUUUUCUUGAUAUUUUUUAGAUUUCUCCAAGCCCUUAUUUCGUGAAGGAAUAAUGUCGAUCAAUGACCUUAGUGUUAAUACACAUCUUACUGGGCGUGUGACGAAUGUUACUACAUUCGGGGCUUUUGUUGACAUUGGGGUAGGCCAUGAUGGACUGUUACACAAGUCUGUCAUUCCAUCUUCUAAAGAACUUGGAGCUGGCGAUAUCAUUGAUGUGGUUUGUAUAAAUGUAAAUAAGACAAAUAACCGAAUACAACUUCGUUUGAGUUAACAAUUGUGUUUCCAUCCCUACACAUAGGUUUCACUGUGCACUGCAUUGACUUCACAAUCAGAAUGGGCACAAAGUAAAGGCUAAUCAUUCGUCAUGUUUUGGCUGUCUUUAAGCUCUUCGAAAAGGCAGCCAAAAUAAGAAUAAAAUAAGGGCUAACACCUUAGCGAUUUCUCCAUUUUGGCCAAUAUUACGCAUCAAAUUGGCAUAGAACCCUCAAGUGCUUCUGUCCACAAAAGUUUUAAUGGCAAACUUGUAUUAAAUGUUAGAGAUUAUCCACUGUACUUUAAGUAUACUUUAAUCUAUUUUUGCUGUUUAGCUAAUUAGAUAAGAUAUUGGCAGGUAGUCCAGUAUUAGAAAAAUCUUGUUUCCAAACAAAUUCUUCAUAGUAGUAAACAGUAUCUGGUUUGUUACAGUCUUGAGAACAAGUAUAAACUGUAAGAGUUCCCCAAUCAAUGCUGGCUUGUAGUGAGUCGACUUUCAUGUGAUUCAAUAACUGGGGCAAAAUCUAGGUAGAAAAGAAGAGAAUAUUACAAUGUUGAACCGAUAAAAAUUGGG